AUGCCAGGACGGCGAGACAGGUUUUCCGGCAACAUACUACUAUACGACUACCUGUCAAGAAAACGAGCACCAAUCUUCCUAAACCGAAAUCUUACACAGAUCCUGGAUGCUCACGAGAAUCUAUUGAAGGGGGGUAAUAGGAGCGGCUGUAGAACCCCGAAUUUCGACUUUCGUUCCCAGUGGGAGCCCCCGUCCAGCGAUCAACUGGACAAGAUGAUGGUUCAAGAGAAUUACAAAGGUUCUUUCGUGCUUGAAGUGCACGCCAUUGGUUCGCAUCAUGGACAGACGACUGCACAUACAGACCGUGAUCAUAACCCUGCCAACAAAGUUCGGGUCUUGUUGCAGUUACUCAGCUCAAUCAGAGUCUCAAUCAUCCCGCCAUCUGACGUACCUGAUACGCGCUCUUUUGCACACGAGGCUGUUCUAAAAGGUGCAGAUAGAAGUCAUCGAGAAGCCUCAGUCGAAACCAGUCCUAUCAUCCUGAAGCCGAGAGAUUUCUCGGCCGAACCGGGAAAGAUUAGCAUCAACGAUAUGUACAGGAUGAUUCUGAGCGUCAAUUUUGCAAGUCAAACGGACGCACAAGAGCUAUACGGCUAUCUGGGGCUCCCAGGGGAAACAGCUACACAUCUGUCAACCUCAUAUCCCAACAUUCUCGAGUGUCCACCAGAUAAGAUCAGUUUGCCACUAAAAGCAGCUGGAAAGCCACUUGGGAUAAGUAUACAGAUAAGCAUGUAUUGGAACAGCACUGGACUUGGCGACUCAAUCCUCACAAAUCAUAAUCGUAACCUCAGAAGUGCCACAGAGCCACACAGCUCAUACCCUACCCCACCACGCGAUCUGGUACCGCGAUACAAGCUAACCUACGUCUACGGAAACGAGACUCUUGAGCGAUCAGACCUCGUCUGUCUGCAUUGCUCCAGAGGCAAGAAGCUUAAAGAGAUCCGCGAUCUUGAAAUGCACCUAAACGCCUGGCACGACAAUUUUGCCUACCAACUCGUCCCAGCAGGAACCGAUGCCAAUGGCGUUGCACACUGGCGAUUCAUCAGUGAAGUCGCAGAUUCAAAAGCUGACCAAAGAGCAAGCGGUCGUGCCGACGAACCCCGUGACGUACGCGUGCUUGCCCCGGACCGUCCUUUUGACAAACGCCGUUUCUUGGAGGGCGAUGACACCUACCAACGAGCCGCCCGAGUAGAAAAGCAUCUAAAAUACCCCAAAAGAAAGCAAAUAGCAGAUAUACUCCCACUUCCCGCACCACGCCAACGCAAACCCCCAAACGCCAUACAGGAACGGCCCCCCAAACACAAAAAAACCUUCAUCGUCCCCAAAGCACCACGAGGCAUCACUUUCUUCCGCUCCCUCAGCAAGCGGCCCCUGCAACCCGGCGAAUCCAUAAGCGAAAGCGACGACGAACUCGACGAAUCAUGGAUGCACCUACGCAAACAUGCGGAAAUAGACAAACACGACUUAUCGCCACCUGCCCGCCAGUUCAUCAAACUCUUCGACGACUUCAUGCACGAGGAGAGUCUCCACGCCGACAUCCACGCGGGCGACGCCAUCAUCCGCUUCGCGCGCCGUGGAAAUCCCAUAUGGAACGAGGAUUUGAUCCACGAGUUUGUCAAGAAGCUGAAGGAGUUGUUGGAAGACGAUGUUAUUUCCAAAGAAGUUCACGAUGCAGCUAUUGAGAUUGUGGAGGCGCAAAAGAAGACUAGUAGUAGUAAUAACAACAGUAGUAGUGGUAACGACCUCUCGCAGCGCCUAGCGGAACUCAAUGUCCAGCGGGGCGAGGACGCUGAGCCGCCAUUCGAUAAGUGCUAUUGUGGCGGAGACGCGGCAGUGAGCCCGGGGAUGCAGGGUAUAGUUGCUUGUAGGAAUAUUGUAAGAUUGUAUACGGCGUAUUUUUCAUCACGCAUGCAUACAAAAGCACUCUAA